GGAAGUCGCCAUUUUCAAAGUCUCAGGAAUCGUAUGAGCUGUGGGAAUUUUUUUUUUUUUUUACUUUAUUUUUAUAUAUAUUAAUUUUAUUAGCAAUUAGGGAAGUUGUUACUUAAAAUAAAACUACAUUCACUGUAUCACCUGCUGAAAUGGAUGCGAAUGCUGAAAAGAAGACCACAGAAACUUCAAAGCCUUUUAAGGAUGAAUCUAAGAAACCAGCAAUUGAAUAUAACUCCAGGGGACGUGGAUUCAGAGGCCGUGGUCGUGGAGGACGCAUGGGUCGAGGUGGCAUGCGUGGUGGACGAGGCAUGAUGAAAAUCUCUGGCCCAACAGGACGUGGGAGAGGUCGAGGGAAAGAUGGAGCUACAAAUGGAUUUGGACCCAUGAGAGGAAUGGGGAGGAUGCGACCCUAUCCAGACCUGAGAGGCCAUCGUGGUAGGGGUGGACUAAUGGGCCCCCCUCCUCCGUUCCCACCACCUCCUAUUCCUCCUCCCAUGCACCUCAGAGGCCCCUUUCCCCAAAUGCUGAGGCAUAGACCCCCUCCACUUUCUCCUCCAGGUCAUCCUGGUUUUAGGGGGCAUCCACUGCAUCCAAGAGGCCGUGGCAUGCCACCUCUCGGACCUUCACGCCCUUUCCACCCCCGUGGCCCAAGAGGCUACCACAAUGGACCGGUCUCUCCUCCGCCUCACCCCCCACCUGGCAGAGGCCAAAGGUGGCCAGGCCCCCUGCAUGGCCAUCGAGUUUAAGCACAGCCUGCCCCCAAAACACUAUAAACGAGUACCUGUUAAUGUAGAACAGGCCUAAAAUGGAGCAGGGAAUGAAACGCCCAUGAACUCUGUUGUACAAUAAAGUCUUGAGUAUCUAUAAAAUACUCUGGCAUUACAUUAUUGAUAUUGUCUACUGAGAAUGAGGGAACAGUAGUUACAGCUUAAGACUUGCAAAAAGAUCAAUAACAUGGCAGUCUGAAGGCAUUCAUACAUUCUGUACCCCAUACAGACUGUUGUCAAUGUAAAGACUGUUUGAACUCGCUGUUCUUGAAGAGAAAAUAAUUCAUGUUUAUUAGUAAUUUAGUGCAUUUUGUUUUUGUUACAGUCACCUGUUAGCCUUAAGAUAUGUUUUUGAUUUCUCAAUAAAGAUAAAAGAAAGGGUUUAAGAAUAUUUGUAGGUGGGAGAGGAGAAAAGAAUACUGGGUACGCAAUGCCCUACAGCACCAUUGUUGAUUUAGUACCCUUUUGGACCUCUA